GUAGGCCAUUUUAAGACAGGGGCUACUACAAGCAUUCGAUAACAUACAAAAUUAAAAACAAUACAUAUUUUUAACUUUAUAGGUUUAAUUCCAAUUCUAAAUAACUGUAUGAGAAAGAGGGUACUGAAUGUUGGCAAAUUUUUAAACAUAACAAGGGAUUAAUAUAUUUUGUUAGAUAAAAUAAAUCGAAGCUGAAGUUUCUCCUUCUUUUUACAAACAUCAUAAAGAUCUUGAAGGCACUUAAUUGCUCGUUCUGCACUCUAAUUUGUUCUGGGAAUUUCCAGUUUUGAUGGUUCUCGACUCCAAAAGUUCUUUACAGAGUUCAAUGCUUUUUUAUGAACUUGCAGAUUUGAUUUCACAUUUUCAAAAUAAUGAAGUUAAUAUACAGAGAAAUAUUUUAUGUGAAUUUUGCAAUUUUAUUGCCUUUUGUCUUUGGUCAUGGACGUCUAUUGGAACCUCCUUCAAGAACAAGCAUGUGGCGCUUUGGAUAUAACACUCCUCCAGAUUAUGAUGAUAACGGACACAAUUGCGGUGGAGUAGGGCUGCAAUUUGGUAAAAAUAAAGGAAAGUGUGGAAUGUGUGGUGACCCUUACUAUGGACCUCAUGAUAGUGAAGCUGGAGGAAUUUUUGCCAAAGGGAUCAUUACUCGAAGUUAUAAAUCAGGAGGAAUAAUAAAUGUUUUAAUUCAAAUAACUGCCAAUCACAAAGGCUACUUUGAAUUCCAUCUUUGUCCUAAUAACAAUAUUAAGGAGAGAAUAACACAAGAAUGUUUAGAUAAAUAUCCACUGAAUUUUCUUGAUGGCACAAGCAGGCAUUUCCUCAAAGACUUCCGCAGUAAUACAAAUUUUAGCCUAUCUUUGAGACUACCCUCUCAUCUAGAUUGUUCGCAAUGUGUUCUUCAAUGGAAAUAUACUGCUGGAAAUACAUAUAAUUGUGAUCCUAUUUUAGAUAAAUGUUGCACUGGAUGUGGUGAUCAGGAGCAAUUUUAUGCAUGUGCAGAUAUAUCUGUUAAGAAGGAAUCUGGUGUAUCAAAAGAGAAACACCCUACAUCAAAGCAGAAAUUAGACUCAGCUGAGAAAGAGACGAAAGGAGGUGUUACUAGUUCUCAGGAUAUCACAGAAAAACCAAACAUAAAUGGUAAAAUGAAAUGUCAAGCAAAAUAUAAUCUCCAGCCUAAGAAACAUUUUAAUAAAUGGUGCAAUUUAAUGUGUCAGCCUAUGAGUUCAUUUCCAUAACUCUACAAUAAUAAUAAUAAUAAUAAUAAUAAUAAUUGAUAAAUAAAUAAAUAAAUGAAUAUAUGAAACUAAAGUCUCAAAAGAAUUACCUUUUCCUCUUAAAUAUAAUAUUCAUAAUCAAUACAUUGUAAAAAUUAUUUCAUGAAAAUUAUAUUCCUUCAAUCAAGAUAUCAUGUUCUUUAAACAUAAUACGUAAUGUGAUUAAAAAUGCUGUUCAAAU